GUUGAGGACAGAGAGAGCUCUCUAAACCACUCACGCCCAAAGGGCUGGUGGGAUUUCGUCGUGAAGGAGCUGACAAGCAUCACUGAGGCCAGCACCACCGACGCCGGCACCCAAGACAUUCUUUAUGUCAGCAUCAUCGACGCUAUCAACCUCGACCGCAUCGAGGGUGCUCACGGCAACAUUGCCGCAAGCAUCAACGCCACCACCCGAGCCUGCACGGACGCUUGCCCAGGCAGUUGCCUCUGCCAGCAACCACCAGGCAUGAGUCUGGAGUCUGGGAGCAGUGCUUGGAUUUCCGGCCACCCUUGCGGGACACGAUGUUCGUAUCUCUCAGCUUCACUAGGAUCAGGGCCCUCAGGAACUGUGGAAGCGUUGACGGGGAAGACCAUCGUUCUCAACGUGGCGGCCAGCUACACGAUCGAGCACGUCAAAUGGAGCAUCCAGGACUCUCAGGAAGCGCCCGGCUUCCAGCAGUAAGCAGCUAGAGGCUAGAGGACAGUUGCACGUUCACGGACUACAAUAUCUAGAAGCAUGCCACGACGCAUGUCGUACUCUGCCUACGUGGUAGAGGCCGGGGGCAGAUGCCCAUCUUGCAACCUGGAACGGGAACUGCAGACCCCAGCAUUGCCACCACCUGGACAUGCAGAAGGCGCUGGACCUGGAGGGAACGCCACCGCGCCGCUAGCACCAGCUGGUCGUCGACUUCAUGUCCGUUUUUUACACGGCCUACGUCACCAUCCGGGAGUACGUGCGGGACAAUGGUGACCUGAUGACGAUCGAAGAGCUGGGCCCUUUGGCAGAGGGCUUCGUGACGCUGGCCCAGAAGAUGCUCGGGUCGGACGUCAAGGUGCAGGAGAAGGUGGUCUUCUACGCGCAGCAGGACCUGCUGAGGACAGGUGCUGGCUACGAGAUGAAUACCGCCGACACAACUGCGGACAUAAUCCAAUCGGUUGGUCUCCGGGAGUGCCUCACGAACAUCGGCUACGCCGCCCAGGAGCACCCUGGGGUGCGGUUCAACGUGAUGGCCAUUGCGUCCCUCGCGAAGGCCAUGGCCGAGGCCAACAUCGUGAACAAAGCGCUCUCCACGAAGGUGGCCAAGGCUGUGAUCGCCGAUGCAGACAAGCUGAGGCCCCCAGACAUUGGCAAGCUGUUCGUCGCCCUUCACGAGAAGAAGUGGUUCACGGACCCCAUGGCCGAGGGAUAUUUGACAGAGUCCUUGGUCGCCCAGAUCCAGAACCUGAAGAAGCAGGACCAGGGCCUUGAUCAGAUCGUCCAGCAGUCCGUCAAGGAGCAGGAAGCAGCGGCCGCGGCCUGAGCGCGGGCGGUAUCUCCGCUGCGGCGCCCGCAGCCUCCAG